AUGGGGGUGGCAGUGAGCGUGGGGAGACAAGGGGAAAUGGAAAUGGCAGAGGCAACGUGGGGGAGAGAAAGGGAGGAGGAGAGAGAUGAGGGAGAGAAGAGGAAAGGCAAGAAAGAGACGAAGAAGGAGAAAGAGAAAAGGGACCGUGGGGAUGGGAUCCAACUUGAAUUUGUGAAGUUCUUUGAGCAGUUGUUGGGAACAAAUGUUGCUGAACUGCCUUGUAUCAAUAUUAACAUUGCAAGGGAUGUCCCAUGUCUUACACAAGAUCACCAGAGAAAGCUACUUCAGGAAUAUACCAAGGAGGAGGUACUGACAGCAUUCAAAAAUUUACCUCAUGAUAAAUCCCCUGGCAUUGAUGGUUUUCCAGUGGAAUUCUUUAAAACCCACUGGAAUACUGUUGGCGAUGAGGUCAUGGAAGCAGUACUUCAGUUUUUUGCAAAUGGAAAGUUGUUGACUGGUAUAAACUGCACAACAGUGACAUUGGUCCCCAAGGUUCCUAAUGCAACUUAUGUCAAGGAGUUCAGGCCAAUAGCUUGUUGUACAACAGUCUACAAGUUAAUUACUAAGGGGUUGACCUCAAGACUCAAACUUGUGGUGGACUAUUUGUAUGUGACUACUGUUCAAUAUGCUUUGAUUAUCAAUGGUGGUGUUACUCCUACUUUCAAAGCAAAAAAGGGACUAAGACAAGGUGACCCAAUGUCAUCUUAUCUUUUUGUUCUAGCUAUGGAAGCUGAUUGGGGGUCAAUAAAAUUGAUGAUGCAGGCUUUUGAGCAUUUCUCCGAAGUUUCAGGCUUACAAGCCAACAUGGAGAAAAGUUCAUUAUAUUUGGCUGGUGUGGAACAGAGCUUUAGAGAUCAAAUCCCGGCAGAUAUGCACUUCUCGAAGGGUAGUGUUGAGGCAUCAAAGAAAGCUUUAAUUGCUUGGGAGAGAGUGUGCUUACCAAGGGAUAUCACUGAUAUGAUAGCUCCAAAACAGGCAAGUUGGAUUGUGAGGAAGCUGUUUGAUGCAAGGAAAUGGCUGAACAAUAGUUCCCAGUUAACACAGUUACAGAACUAUUGCAUAGGAGGGAAAUUCAGCAUAAAAGGGGCUUACAUAUCAUUUAUUCCGCAAUGUCCUAAAGUGUCAUGGAAGAGUAUUACCACAGGGUCAGGGCCUCUACCAAGACACCAGUUUAUUACCUGGCUGGCUAUUAAUGGACGACUGGCAACUGUGGACAGACUUGCAAAAUAG